UUCCGGGCCAUCUCUCGGUUUUCCCGGAAUGUGCAUUAUUUUCUCAAGAAAAUCUUGCGUUGCAUAUAUGAACAGAGCGCAGAAAGAAUUAUCAUUUUUCUGAAUCAAUUUGGGAGUGAUAAGACGACGAUCUCGAUGGAGUUCACGCCGGGAAGCUCGGGGUACAUAGAAUUGUAUCCAGAGAGGAAAAUGUCGUUGUUCAAGAACCCUUACAUUCUGGCUCUCACGGCCGUCGCAGGGAUAGGCGGUCUCCUCUUCGGCUACGACACAGGUGUUAUAUCAGGGGCACUCCUGUAUAUUAAAGAUGAUUUUGAAGAGGUGAAUCAGAGUAGUUUCCUACAGGAAACAAUAGUAAGCAUGGCUUUGGUUGGUGCAAUUAUUGGAUCAGCAUUAGGUGGUUGGAUUAAUGAUGAAUUUGGGCGUAAAAAGGCCACCCUUAUUGCUGAUGUAGUCUUUGCCUUGGGAUCAAUAGUUAUGGCACUGGCUCCUGAUCCAUAUGUCCUCAUAUUUGGACGUCUUCUUGUUGGUAUUGGCGUGGGCAAAGCUUCUGUAACUGCACCUGUGUAUAUUGCAGAAGCAGCGCCCUCAGAGAUCAGAGGAGGACUUGUGAGCAUAAAUGUGCUUAUGAUUACUGGAGGACAGUUUCUCUCCUACCUCAUAAAUCUUGCUUUCACACAGGUCCCUGGAACAUGGCGAUGGAUGCUAGGUGUUGCUGGUAUGCCGGCAGUCAUUCAGUUUUGUCUCAUGCUCUGCCUACCUGAGUCACCACGGUGGCUUCUUAUGCAGAAUAGGAAAGAUGAAGCAGUUUCAGUCCUUUCCAAGAUCUAUGAUACGAAUCGCUUGGAGGAUGAAGUGGAAUAUUGUUGUGCCCAGUUGGAGGAAGAACUUGAGAAGCAAAGCAAAGUUAGAUACUUGGAUGUGUUCAAAACUAAAGAAAUUAGACUCGCAUUUCUUGCAGGGGCCGGACUUCAGGCUUUUCAGCAGUUCACUGGCAUCAGCAUUGUGAUGUACUACAGCCCAACAAUCAUAGAGAGGGCUGGCUUUCAUUCCAAACAAUUAGCUCUUCUCCUAUCCCUCAUUAUCUCCAGCUUGAAUGCUGCUGGAACAAUCCUUGGCAUUUAUCUUAUCGACCACGCAGGGCGAAAGAAGCUGGCUCUUGCAAGCUUAUCUGGUGUGGUUGUUUCUCUGGGGAUCCUUUCUGCUGGAUCCUUCCUAGAUUCAUCAGGUUCUCAUGAUGGAAACUAUGGAUGGCUUGCAGUUUUAGGCCUAGCGUUGUACAUUGCUUUCUUUGCGCCAGGGAUGGGACCGGUGCCAUGGACAGUAAACUCUGAGGUAUAUCCUCAAGAAUACCGUGGCUUAUGUGGAGGCAUGUCAGCCACAGUGAAUUGGAUUUCAAGUGUGAUAAUGUCCCAAAGCUUCCUUUCAGUUUCUGAUGCUUUAGGACUUGGUGGGAGCUUCUUGAUCCUUGCUGGUAUAGCUCUAGUUGCUAUUCUGUUUGUCGCCUUGUUUGUCCCAGAGACAAAACAACUCACACUGGAUGAAGUAGAGCAGCUAUGGAAGGAAAGGGCCUGGGGAAGGGAUUACAAAAGAGAAAGCCUUCUUUGAGAAAGGAAAUAAAUAGCAUCUGCAGGUUGUUAUCUGAAUUCAAUGGGCCAUUCAUAUACUUUCUUUCUUAUAUGGUCAAUUAUUGUACCUAAACAAAUUGGGUUUUAGCUUAAAGGCUAAAAUCCUCCAGGGACACAAAUUACAUGCUAGCUUAGCAUUCGGUGAAGU